AUGGCGGAGGAGGCUGCACCCGUGAAAAGUUCUCCGCAAAAAAGCCUUCGAAGACGGCGAAAAGAGCUCCGUCACAGGGCUCAAAGCCUCGUAGAGGGAGCUACAGAUCCUUGGGAAGAGGUGGAAGAGUACGAGACUGUUAUUCCUGAAGGUUCGGAAGAUGAAUUUGUUGACGAGGAGACUGCAGAAAUCGCCGAAGAAGUGAUCGAAUUCACAUACACCAUUCGGGAGCUAGGGGCAGAAAUGAUUCUAGGUUAGGAAUAUUUUCCUUGAAAUCGGGAUAAUGAACGAUAAAUAACUAUAGAAUGUUAGUGUUUGACCAUUGUUACCAUCAAGCUUAGCAAGUGAAUAGGUAUGUUUUUAGAUCUGUUCUGAAGACAUGGCUGAAAACAUGGCUUCGUCAAUUGUGGUUUGAUUUUAUCUUUAGAUCAGAUUCCAUUUUUUAAAUCCAAUAAUUUGAUUUUUUUCAUUUAAUGUGUUAAUAGGAUACACAUGGUGGUCUCUGAUUCAUGGAAUUGCUCCAAUGAUUUGGUUCUAUCCACUGAAUGAGUUGGAAAUCUCUGGUUAUGAGGCAUUUGUGGUUACAGUUCUAUCACCAAUAUUCACUGGGUUUAGUGCUCUUCUGCAGUUUUCAGGGACCAUACAUGGCUUAGCAUUUUGGCGAGUUCUGUCUUUAGUUGGUGUUGCUUCUUUCCAAGCUCCCACAACUCUCAUCAGAUUAAUAAUGUUAGCAUUUGGCUGUGGAACGGCAAUGCUUUGGUUUUGUGGAAUGAUCUGGAACAAAGAUCCUAAGGAGAGGUAAUUAAAGGUGGCACGCUUAAUGAAGGUUCUGGUUGGACAAAAUUACAAAUGCAAUGUAUCAUAAAACAAAUUUAGAUUUGGUUUUUGUGAUAUCUCGGUAAGUGUUAUCAGCAUCAACCUUUAGCUUGGCUGAUAACACUUACCUUGACCUUGUUUAUUAUUUGUGCUAAAUCAAUAACCCAUUUUUCCAAAAACAAUGUAUAACUAUUUCUAUGGUCCAAUUUAAAUUUCAGGGUUUUGUCCUUCUGGGGAUUAGUCUUGGGCUUCUUUCUGUUGCUGACACUGCGCAUUUCAUACGUCACUGUCAACCCAAUCUGGUCAGACGUCACAAGUAACAGGGUCAUUCUUCUAAUUGCUGUUAUUGCAACUAUGGACAGAGUGUAUACUGGCUAUAUGAUGUCCAUCUCUCAGUCAGGUCCUCCAUCAAAGUCACCAACUGAGCCCCAAGACUCAAGGGUGUCAGGUCCUGGGUGGCUGUUAGUGGCAUUAGGUUUUGGUGCUUUGAUGUUCCUUACCCAUGAUGUGUUUGGUGAAGUGUCACUUGUUUGUCGCUGGGCUGUAUCAGGGUAUCCAGAUACAGGUCCCAAGCCUAAUCCAUGGGGGUAGGUACCAUAUUAUGUUAAAAUUUACUUCCAACAUUUAAUCAGAGGAGAUGGAUUGCUUAUAAACUGGUAACUGGGGUGGGGGGGAUGCGUAGCUAAGGGUAGUUUUCUGUUUAUUAUUAUUUCUGUUAUUUUCUCAAAGGAUUGUAUUACCAAGCCAGAACUUUAAGAUGUGCAAAUAGCAUUUAGAACGUCUUGUUGAAAAUUAACUCUUCACGAAGGGACAAACUUGGAAACUGGCACCUAUCAUGGUCUAUGUUGAUCCCAAUCAUUUAUCAUUAUUUUAUGGUCACUUAUGGUACAUCUUGGACAAGACCUAAUAAUGUCUGGCGACCAUUUUGUAAUUCUAGAUUUCUAGAUUUAUAGUGACUUUAAAAAGGUGAACUUGGAGCAAUGUAAGAUGUGGAAUACACACAAAGUCAUGAUAUUUAUUUUCCCGUUCUCGGUUUACAAACAAAAGGUGAUGAUUUGAUGUACAGGGUAUUUCAGAAGAUAAAUUAAUAUGACCAAUUCCUACACAAAUAUGAUGGUAGUUUUUUGUUAUGCUAACAUGGGCAUGCUAUGCAUAAAAACUACCUUUUCAAAUUUCUUUUCUUACAAUAAUGUCAGAGCCGCUGUAGUCAUUGCUCUAGGAGUCGGAGUUCUCCUAUCUCGUCAACACUGGACUAGUAAUUUGUUGUGGUGGUUGAUCGGCUCAGCUGGUGCUGCCAUGUUAUACUUUGCUCCUCGUUAUUGGUCAUUCGUCGGCGGACUCAUUCUUGGUGUCUACACCAUGUCAGUUUGGCCAGCUAUGAUUGACAGACUGUUUUGCCGUCCUGUUGCACGGACACUAACUUUGGCUAAUGUGGUGUACAUAGUUCUUACAUUGGGAUCAGUGUGGGUAGUGGCUUACAAUUUUGUUCCGGGAGGAGCAUACACAAGAGAAAGGACACAUGUAUUGUUGGGAAUCACUAUGGUAUUAAUUGGUAGGUCAACAGUGAUUUGUGUUAGUAAUUGGUAAUUUGCCAGGGAAAUUUUCUUGUUUUUAGUUAAUAGAUAAGGGUGUGAAAUUGCACCUAAUGCUGGUCCCCUGCGCCAUUGUAGCCUAAGAAAACAGCCUACAUUUAACAACGCUACCACUGGUUUCCCCCCCAGGAAAUGACAUCUGACAAACAAGCACAGAAAUUGCAUACCAAUUACUAGUGACUACCCAGAUCUGGGUGGUGUUUCUCAUUGGUUGUUCUGUAUGGGACAUUUACUUGAACAGCCAAUCAGAAGCACUACCCAGAUCUGGGUAGGGAUAUGUCAGUAUUGAAUUUCUUCACAUGUCCUAAGACAUCAUUUUGCAGGGAAGCCAAAAUUAUUAAAACACUGCAGCAAUGAAAAUCUUGCUUUCUGGAUCCAAAUUGUUAUCAAGAUUUUGGGACAUUUUUUGGCUGCUAAACUAUUUGUCAUUUAUCUUCAUGAUUGUACAUUGAACAGUAAUGUUAACAUUUUGGUAUUUUUGUUGUUGUUCUGAAAAUAAGGGCUUGCCUUAAUGACUGCAUCAACACUGGAUGUUAAGGAAGUAUACGGUAAAAUGAAGAAAGAAGAGAAAGUCAGCAGUGAUCAGAAAAGUUCUGAUGGAAAGCCUUCUCCAAAGAAAAAAGCCGUUGCAGUCAAGUUUAAUAACAUAGCUUUUCUUGAGGAGCAUGGAGAUCGAUUUUGGUUUUUCAAGACUCAUGUAAUUCCAGGUAAAACUGGUAUUAUUUGUGCUUUGGUGAUUAUUCUUAUUGAGUGCCACUUGAGAAUAUUUUUUUAAGUGUGUAACCAGAUUUGAUUUCAUUUGAGUGCCAUUUUUUGUGUAAUCAAGUCAAGAAAGUAUCCCUGAACUAAUGAUUAAUUUGAUUUUGUUUGUUGUAUUUCUGUGUAGUCCUAUUUUGUCUCUUGAUUGCAUCAUCUGUUCUUAUGGGAAUGCGAUAUCAAAGACAUGAGUACCUCACACCCAGUCAAGAGGUUAGUAAUUACCAUCAAACAAUAAGGUUUUGAGAGAGUCAAAGAAAAGGGACCAGGGAGAACUUUAAAUGUUCAUUGUACAGAGGUUUUUGUCUUACAAAGUCAUGUGCAAGAGAGAGCUGUUUGUGGUAAUAAAGUAGUAUAUUGAUAAUGAUACUGCGCUUCUUUGUUUUCUUAACAGGAACAGAAAAAGUUUUCUGCCAUGAUCUGGACAGUCCAUUUUGCAUAUGAUAAUGUUGGCUGGCCCAGUUUUGAGAGAGCUGCACAGAUGAUAAAUGACACUGGUAUGUUUUCUCUAAGUGAAAAGUUUAAAAAAAUGUCAAGGCUUCAUGGCUUCAUGGCUUCAUAUUACUCCUCUCCCAUUCCCCCUACUAGACACUUCAGCUGUCUAUCCCCCCCACACACACACAACCACCCUCAUGUGGUUGGUUGCACCAACUGACCUGCCCUUGUAUAUUUUUCUUAGGUGCUGAUGUGGUUGGUUUUCUAGAAAGUGACUGUUCUAAGCCUUAUCUUGGGAAUCAUGAUCUAGCAACAUGGUUUGAGGAAAGACUUGGAAUGUACUCUGAUUUUGGGCCCUCUACCAGAGAUCAUACAUGGGGGUAAGGUCCUGACUGAAACCUGUAACCUUAAAAAUGAUAACUAAUUUUCCCUCUCAAAGCAAAAGGCUGAGGAGAGAAUAUUCAAACUUGGAAUGUAUCCAGGCUUGGAAUGUACUCUGAUUUUGGGCCCUCUACCAGAGAUCAUACAAAAAGCAUUAGCUCAUACAAAGAGGGGGGGGGUGUUGAAAGAGACCUAAAGAAAGUGACUUCUGGUCUCGUGUCAAAUUCUAGAGGUUGAUCCAAAGUCACCCGGCCAAUUUUCACUGUUAUCUCUUCAAUAAUUCAUAAAAAUUGAUAUGCUUUAAAACAGCUUUGUCAUAUUCCUGAACUCUAUAGAGAUGAUCUACUGCCAGGUUGUUUUGUAGGACACAGGUUGCAUAACAUGUCUUUUUGUUUGAAAACAGUCGUUUGUAAUCCAGUCCUUAUUGUACUUGUGUUUGAAACCCAGGAUUUUUACGCAACUCAUGCUCAAUCUUGUCAGCCAGUGCUGAAUGCUCCAAAUAAGAUCAUCAAAUGCUAAUUAUAUAGUAAAAAUCAAAGUCACUGCCUGAGUGGUUAUUUAUAUAUCUAUAUUUUUUUCCUAGGGCCACUUUGCUGUCCAAAUACCCAAUAGUAAAGUCCCAUCAUCAUUUACUUCCAUCUCCUGAAGGUGAGACAAGUCAAGGCAGUAUAAUUAUAAUUUCUGAUUUACUGACAUUUUAUUAAACUAUCAACAACAAACUGGCUCACAGCCAACCAAAUAGCACAAGACAUAUAUUUCUUCUUCAUCUGAGAUAGGUUGCAACUUUCUUCAUAACCUUGUGCUUUGUCCUUGGCUGUAUCUCCCAUUGUGCAACUGGCUAAAUGAUCCCUGUUAGAGAUUACUAUGUGGAUUGUGUACUGUUACAAAAAGUUAAUCAUGUUUUUUGCAUAUUCUCCUCUUCAUUUAAUAGGAGAACUAGCUCCAGCCUUAAGUGCGACAAUCAACAUCACUGGUGACCUGGUCGACUUCGUUGUUGUUCACAUGGGGAAUGAUCGGUGAGCAAAUGUAUAUCAAUUUAGUUAACAAAUUAAGUCUUUGAGCCAACCGCUUUCCCAGGCUUAACUUCCACCCAUCCCUACGGAGCAAGAGAGAACCUGGGAACGAGGUUGGUCUUUGAGCUAACGUGGAUUGUUGUUAUAACCACACAAGCCUGCAUGGCAGGACUCGAAAGGAAGAGGGGAGGAAGAGAAAAUGGAGGGAGAUUCCUUUUUCCCUUCCACAUUUUUCUCCCCCUGAGUGCUCAGCACGUGGAACUCACAAUCCGGCGGUCCAGGGUUCAUGUCCCGCUCUGGCCACUUGCUGGAUUUGUUCUCAGUCAUCCUGAGUUCAAUUCCUCGGCCACGCAUGUAAAUGGCCAACUGGUUGCCUCUGAGCCCUGCCAGGUGGGGUUUUUAAUCCUGUUAUGUUGUAUUUGAAUCAUUUGUUUCAGAAUUACUUGAAUUGAGUGCCCGUAAUUUAGCUGGAUAAGCUAAGUGCACUUUCCACUCUAAACAAACCUUUAACCUUGUCAACCUUUUAACAGCGAUAACUUGGAUCGUAAGCUUCAGGCUCAAGAACUAGCCAGGAUUAUGGAUGAGAGGUAUGAGCUUGUUCAUUUGUGACUUUUUUCAUUCUUCUUUAUUUCAUUGAUGCAAAAGUUCAAAUGCAAUCUUAAAUCUUAAAUCGCUCUUUACAAUGUUGACACUUUUGGUCAUUGUAGUCCUAACCCUGUGGUAUUUCUGGGAUAUGUGACGUCAUCUCCGAAGAGUCGAGAUUACCGCACACUGAUAGAAAAAGGUCGAACCAAGGUAAAUAUGAACUCAUUUUGCUCUUUCUUUUAUGCAUUGUGUUAUAAGGCAGUUCUACUACGUCGUCAAAUGAUUAAUGAUGAUUUGUUGGGGUCCUAUACAGUUCACAGAGGUUAAAGUACCUUUUCAGUCCCAAGAUCGGAGAGACUUUUUUGAUGUAAAAUAACGACAUACAAAAAUGCAGAACAAUAUUAACUACGAACUGACGAAAGAGGAAAUCCCCGGGGAUAGUGAAGAGAGAAUUCUUAGCCAGCAUACACAGUGUUCUCUCAGUCAGAAAAAAACUUGAAAGAUUGCAUGUUAUGACUUUUUUUUAGUUGACAUCUGGGUCGGAUGUCUACGUUUCUAUGUAAAUUGGGACUAAGUCCACCCCUUUGUAGUCUCUUGUGUGACUCCUGUCCGAGAGACUGCGAAGGAGACUAACCUCGCUCAGCUAUUUCACCAAGUUUGACGAUGUGCUGACAACUCAAUUCGUUUACUUUCUCAUUCAUUUGUUGAUUUGGUUUGUUUUGUUCACACUUCUAGGACAUUGACGAAACGGACUCUGACCGCUGGUGUGAAUACAUUAUGUACCGCGGGCUCAUACGUCUAGGAUAUGCACGAAUCUCCCAUGGGGGACUUAGUGACACCGAGGUUCAAAUGGCCAAGUUUCGUAUCCCUCCCCCAGGCAAACCAUACCGGGAUAACGACGUUCUCACUACAAGUUCUAAAGAUGUCCCGAACGACGUUAAAUUUUCCAACAGGUGAUAAAAACUACAAAGGGGAGCUUAAGCAAAAGCGUUUUUGAGCGACGCACAUCAACCCGGGAAGUGAACCCUUUUCCCCUCUAUCAUGCCAUGACGCUUCCAAAUUUGAAGUGCUUAGUGUCUCCAGUCUUGUAGAGACGAUUUGUAGAGACGUCCAAAGGCAAGCGCGAAUUUGUACCACGUGACUAAGUUUCCCCUUUACUUGUCGUUUACUGUUCAUUACUUCUACACGUAAACUAGCACUUUCACGCAAUUUUUUAUCCAUAAGAAUUUUUUUGAGCUGUUUUUAUCUGCUCAUUUUCUAUUUUGAGAAAUUCUAAACUUGAAUCUGACGUUUGUCGUUUGCCGUUUGCCGUGUACGUGAAGCUUAAACUCUCUAAUAUCUGGGCACAACCACUGUUCAAGGAUCCAAAAAGAAUCCUCUUCCGCCGGGUUGACGUGCGUCGCUACGGCAAGGAGACGUUUUUGCUUAAGCCCUCUAAAGUUUUCGUUGGUGAGGGGUUUCCUAUGAAAAGAGGCUUCCCCAGUGGGAGGGGGGGGGGGCCAACUAUUCUGCGGUUGUCCGUGAACCUAAACCCCUUUACGUCCCGGGCCCACCCGCUGUUUUAGCAUCAAAAAAGAACCCCCUUCCGCCGGGUUGACGUGCGUCGCUAGGGAAAGGAGAUGUUUUUGCUUAAGCCCUCUAUAGUUUUGGUUGGGGGGGGGUUUCCAAUGAAAAGAGGCUCCCCCAGGGGGGGGGGGGGGGGGACAACUAUUCUGCAGAUCAUAGACAAAAUAGAGCUUUAUCAAAGUGAAUCCCUGAAUCACAAACUUCCGUACCGCGUGUACUAUGGAUCUUGACUGAACGAACUGGGAUGAAAUUUAAAAUUAUUUUAAUCGGUAGCAUAUCACAAGUUCAGUUUUUGCAAUGCAAGUGAUUCCUUUUAUCUAUAGAUUUCUGAUUUCUUUUUUAUCUUGUUCCUGAGGUUUGGGUCUUUCUACAAAGGUCAUUACUCCGCCUGGCAGCAUCAUUACCACAUGUCAACACCAAAAUACUUCUUGCCAGCCGACAAGCGGUGA